UUCAGAUUCGGUUGCUAACGUCGAGUAACCAUAACAAAAUGUUCCCUAUUACAUUUCGAUUGCCUUCUGUCUUAACCUGGUCUUAACCCUCGCAUCUUCGGCAAUUAAGGGUGAAAGCCAAAGGAGACAUCAGGGCGAUGUCGAAAGAAGUUCAGCCGGGAUCCAAUUACAGUGAUCCACCCGUGUGCACAAACCCUGGUAACCCUGUGUUUUCAUGCGUGAUGCAAUCUGAUUCUGCAUCUGCACCAUCUGCAGACAGCAAACCUCAGAACAUCCUCUACAAAACGACAUCCAGCGUCUACGGCUUGCUCCCACCCACAUAUGAAUCUUCGCCUUGCACCUACCACCCAGUGUCAAUGCAAUUCUCAGACCACCUCAACAAGUGUGGGAUGUACCGGAAUAACUCAUUCAAUACAAGUGUGGAUAGAAGCAGAGUGUAUGACUGUCCUAAUCUGCGUAAUACUCUAUGAGUAAUUUAACUGCCUUGAGUAAAAUUACGUAUACUUUGCACCCUUGUUUUCCAUUUUAACUGCUGGUUUGUGAAUCUUGCCUUUGCUUUAGAUGUGGCACGUGACAUUUUUGUGUGCUAUCCACAUUGUGUAAAAAUGAUAAUGUGCUGUGGAAUUUCUCCUGAAAAGGACUCUUCAUCUAGUCCAAAUGAACCAUGUCAUAGUAACUGAUGGUAUAUGCUGAUACAGAAAGGGUUGCAUAAUUUUUAAUGGCCUUAGGAACAACUGAAAUGUGUAUGCAUUUUGUACAAUGUCUUUAGAACAAAAAUGAUCAAAUGUCAAGUAAUCAGAAGAAAUAAGUAGCAGAAUCCUGUAAGUGUUUACAGUCACAAUAAAGUACUUUUAAUUAGUUAAUGCAAA